AUGGAUCUCCUAGGCCCGUAUACUGCCGCUCCCGGAGGGAGGCGUUAUGUCAUUGUUGCUGUAGAUUACUUCACCAAGUGGGUGGAGGCAGAAGCACUCAAGAAUAUAAGAACCAGUGAUGGUCUAUGGGCUGAUGAGUUGGCAAACGUCUUAUGGUCAAUCCGCACCACGGCUAAGAACUCCACCGGCGAAACCCCCUUCUUACUAGCUUAUGGUGCCGAGGCCGUCCUACCCAUAGAGAUGUGUGAACCGACCUUGAGAGUCAUGCUAUACGACGAAAGUGCUAACUGGGAAAUGAUGAAAGUGGCCUUGGAUUUGUUGCCUGAGGUUAGAGGAAAUGCAGCCCUAAGACAAAAGUUGUACAAGAUAAGAAUGGCGAGGGAAUACAACAAGAAAGUCUCUAACAGAGUGCCCAAAGUGGGAGAUUUUGUCCUCCGAAAAAUGGAAUCCACAGGCCGAGCCAAUGAACAGGGUAAGUUGACGCCUACCUAG